AUGCUAUCCUCUACAGUUCAGCUACGUGAGCCAGGAAUGGUGAGCAGUAGGAACUUGAAGGUUGUGAAGUUUUGUAAUGGAGAAAUGAUGGGACGAAAGAUUGAGCUUCAUGCUGCUACCAAUGGUUGCACUAAGAAUGUUUAUAGGAAAAAUAUAUCCAUGUCUCUCACUGCUGAUGUGGCUAGCGAAUCCAAGUUGAAAAAUGCAGAUGUGGAAAAAAGGGAUCCAAGUACAGUUGUGGCGGUUAUACUUGGUGGAGGAGCUGGAACCCGUUCCAAUUGGAGCGCUUAUAGGCUGAUUGAUGUGCCAAUGAGUAACUGCAUCAAUAGUGGGAUCAACAAAGUGUACAUUCUCACUCAGUUUAAUUCAGCCUCACUCAACAGACAUAUUGCACGUGCUUACAACUCCGGUACUGGAGUCACUUUCGGAGAUGGCUAUGUCGAGGUUCUUGCAGCAACUCAAACUCCAGGGGAGCAAGGUAAAAAGUGGUUUCAAGGCACUGCUGAUGCUGUACGGCAGUUCCACUGGCUCUUUGAGGAUCAUCGAGAGAGCGGUGCAGAUAUCAUCUUUCUUGUCUGCCAAUGGAUGACAGCGCGCGCCUCAGAUUUUGGUCUAAUGAAGAUUGAUGAUAAAGGAAGGAUCCUUUCAUUUAGUGAAAAGCCUAAAGGAGCAGAGCUCAAAGCAAUGCAAGUGGAUACAACCGUUCUCGGUCUUUCAAAGGACGAAGCUCUAGAAAAACCAUACAUUGCUUCAAUGGGAGUGUACGUCUUCAAGAAAGAGAUACUUCUUAAUUUAUUAAGAUGGCGCUUUCCAACUGCAAAUGACUUUGGAUCAGAGGUCAUUCCUGCCUCAGCUAAAGAAUUUUACAUGAAGGCUUAUCUCUUCAACGAUUACUGGGAGGACAUAGGUACCAUCAGAUCAUUCUUUGAUGCAAAUCUAGCCCUCACUGAGCAUGACACAAUGAUGCUUGGGGCUGAUUACUAUGAAACUGGGCAGAAGUGGCAGCACAAGACUGGAGUACAAGAGGCUGAUAGAUCAUCAGAAGGGUUUUACAUCCGUUCCGGCAUCACUGUUGUAUUGAAAAAUUCAACAAUUGAAGACGGGCUCGUCAUAUAA